AACUCAGAAUCCUCCCAGGUACAUCCAGCUGAACUCACAUCUCCUCUCAACAUGGCCUACAACUGCUGCUCUGGAAACUUCUCCUCCCGCUCCCUUAGGCACUGCCUGCCCUCCUCACGUUCCUCCUGUGGUUCUUCCUACCCCAGCAACCUGGUCUACACCACCACCAGCUGCUCUCCCAGCACCUGCCAGCUGGGAUCUUCUCUGAACACCAGCUGUCAGGAGACCUGCAUUGAGCCCACCAGCUGCCAGAGGUCCUGUGUGGUGUCCAGCCCCUGCCAGAAGCCCUGCUACUACCCCAGGAGCUCCACACCUUGCAGUCCCAGCCAGGGGACAUAUGCUGGGUCUCUGGGCUUUGGGUCCAGGAGCUGCCGUUCCCUGGGCUAUGGAUCUAGAAGCUGCUAUUCAGUGGGUUGUGGAACCAGUGGCUUCAGAUCUCUGAAUUGUGGAGUCUCUGGCUUCCCUUCCUUGGGUUAUGGGUCCAGAUUCUGCUACCCAACAUACCUGGCUUCUACUACAUUUCAUCCUUACUGUUACACAUCAACCUGUGGGUCUGGCCUUGUUGGAUUCAACUGUUAA